AUGGAGAAGAUCCUUUUGCGAAUAGGGAAACCCAGAAAAGUAAGUGUCACCCAUGAAUACUGGAACACCUUCUUAGGCAGCUUCAGGACCUUUCCAAUGCAGAGUACCAGGAGGCUGAGGUGCCAUCAAUGGAUCAAGUUGGAUGAGUAUGCGGUGAUUCACUUGGUACAACCUUUCCAGAGACAUGAGGCCUUUGCAUCCACCGCCAUGUCAACUGAAAAAGCUGAGAGGCGGCACAGAACUAUUCUGGGCUCGGGAUCAGAGUCCAGCAUUUCCACUUACCGGCCACGGAAGGAAUUUGGAUCACUUUAUGCUGUGGCCACUUCAUUCCUCAGGCUGAUGGAGCUGGUGUUCUGGGUGACAUUCAUGGUACCCAGGAGACUCACAGCAGUCCUGACAGCCAUAGCUUCCCACAGCAAUAACAGCUUCGUUUUAGGUGCUCUGCUGUUGCUUUCCAGUGUGAGUAUUCUGUUCCCAGGUGUGGGCAGCUGCCCCAAGAAAUGCUCGUGUCACCUACCUUCAAACUCUGUGGACUGUAGUGGCCAGGGGCUGUCGGAGAUCCCUCCUGAUCUACCACCAUGGACACUGACUCUGCUUUUACAAGAUAACCAGAUCCACUGGCUUCCUGCUUUUGCAUUUAGGUCUGUGUCUCUGCUCACCACAUUAAAUUUAUCUAACAACUCUCUUUCAAAUCUGGCUUCAGAGGCUUUCUAUGGACUUCAGCAUUUGCAGAUUUUAAACCUAACCCAAAAUUCCCUGCUUUCCCUUGAAAGCAGCUUUGCCCAUUCCCUGCCUGGGCUCAGGGAGCUGGAUCUGUCAUCCAACAACCUCAGUCUCCUCCCCACAUCCCUGGGAAAGCCUUGGGAGAACCUGACCACGUUUGCCGUGCAGCAGAACCAUCUUCUGCAUCUGGACCGUGCACUUCUAGAGGCCAUGCCCAAAGUGAGGCUGGUCCUCCUUAAGGACAACCCCUGGAAAUGUGACUGCCACUUGCUGGGUCUGAAACACUGGCUGGAGAGAUUUACCUUUGAAGGGGGAGUAACAGAUGGUGCCACCUGCAGACUGCCGGAACCCUGGAAGGGUAAGGAUCUCCUCUCCAUUCCCCAUGAGCUAUACCAGCCCUGUCCUCAUCCUACUCCAGAUCUGGUACCCUCAACAGUUCAGCAGCCUGGUUCUGCUCCUCAAGAGGCCCAGAAGACCCCUGAGAGUAACUCAGAACAUCAAGAUCCCUUUGAGUGUGAGACCAAACCCAAACCAAAGCCAACCAACCUGCGCCAUGCUGUGGCCACUGUGGUCAUUACUGGUGUAGUAUGUGGGAUCGUAUGUCUCAUGAUGUUGGCCGCUGCUAUCUAUGGAUGUACCUAUGCAGCUAUCACUGCCCAGUACCAGGGAAGACCCUUGGCACCAACCAGUGAGACUGAGAAGAUGGGAAGCAAGAAGGCAAUGGACAGUUCACCAGUCUGA